CCCGCGCUCGCCUUGCCCGAGUCCAGGCCAGGGUGCCCCUUCGGCCCUGCCGGGAGGCUCGCCCCUCGCCCUCUGCUCUGGGGCACAUGUCCUCGCUGGAGGAGCGCGCCGCAGAGCACGACGCUCGCACCCACCGGCCCCUGGGCUGCUCAGCGAGGAGGAGAACGCGGCCUUCGCGAGGGGCGAGAAGGACUGCGGCAAUCUGGCGUUCAAGGCGCUGGAUUGGGACACGGCCAUCGGCCGGUACUGCCAGGGCCUGAAGCACGCGCUGCCACGGGGGGCGCAGCCGGCCAGCCCAGAGCUCUCCGCCCUGGGCGCUGCGCUGCUCACCAACUGCGCGGCGGCGAGGCUGAGGAAGGGCGGCGAGGCCGAGCUGGCGCUGGCGGCCAGCGACUGCACGCGUGCGCUGGAGCUGGACGGGGGCAGCGUCAAGGGGCCGCCCGAAGGCGCACCUGGCGCUCGGCAGCCACGCGGCGGCCGAGGAGGACGCGAGGAUGGCCCUGGAGCUGGAUCCUGGAAACGCGGAGCUCCAGCAAUUGCAGGCAAGGGCUGCCGCCGAGGGCGGCCGCGCCAGGCGGCGGGAGAAGGCGAUGUGCUCGAAGAUCCCCUCCGCUUCGCGGGUGACACG